ACACCAAGAGAGAGUGCAGCCUCCUCGCAGCUCCAGUCUCCCUACAAAAACUGGCUCUUUAUCAUCAAGUCAUGGCCGCCGGAGUACAAGUUUAACUCCCGUGUCUCCUCCCUGACGACUUAACGGGGGGAGGAUUUUUUUUCUUUCUUUUUUUGUUUUCAAGAAGCAAAAAAAAAAAAAAAUAAUAAAAAAUAGUGAUUUCCUCCUGGAAGUACGACCCGUCUGAUCAGGGAAACACCAUCCAUGUCAAUACUCCAACAUGCAGCCUCCGCCGCGGAAGGUCAAAGUGACACAGGAGCUGAAAAACACUCACACGGAGCAGAUGACAAGACUGCACUUCAAACAUCAAACCGAGUCAGAUCUGCUGGAAGACAUGAGGAGCUACAGUCUGAAGAAGGGGCAGCUGGAGCGAGACUAUGCUCAGGCUCUACAGAAGUUAGCAAGUCAGUAUUUGAAGAGGGACUGGCCUGGAAUUAGCCCCGAUGACCAGAGAACAGACUAUAGGAAUGUGUAUGCAGUGUGGAGAGCCUACUUAGAGGGUACAGUUCAGGUGAGCCAGUCCAGGCUGAAUGUAUGUGACAACUACAAGAGUCAAGUAUCAGAACCAGCGAAGACUGUUAGAUUUUAUAAGGAACAGCAGCUCAAAAAGACCAUUGAUCAGUUGAGUGGAAUUCAAGCAGAGCUGCAGGAGUCGGUGAAGGAGUUGGCAAAAGCCAAGAAAAAAUACUAUGACUGUGAGCAAGUUGCCCACGCUGUACGAGAGAAGGCUGAUAUAGAGGCCAAGUCUAAACUGGGUCUUUUUCAGUCAAGAAUUAGUUUACAGAAAGCAAGUGUAAAGUUGAAAGCUAAAAGAAACGACUGCAACUCCAAGGCGACGCAGGCCAGGAACGACUACUUGUUAACGCUAGCUGCAGCCAACGCUCACCAUGAUCGCUACUACCACACAGAUCUACCACACUGCAUACAGGCCUUGGAUGGGAGAAUCUACGAGCACGUGAAAGACUAUCUGGUAGCACUUUGUCGUACUGAGCUAGAGGCCUCCCAAGCUACACACAGCACCUUCCAGUUCCUGUUGGAGAAAUCAACCAGGAUAAUACAAGAGUUCAACCAGCAGUUGUUCAUGCAGGAGAAUCCUGUGUUUCACAAAUCACAGGACUUCCAGUUCCAGCCCAGUGAAUGUGACACGACUCUGAGCUCGGUGCAGCAGUUGGUGGACAUCGAGCCGUCGCCCGUCAGUGCCAUGAGAAUGACCCUGGCACAGAGUCGACAGCUGGAGUCGGAGUCGGGGACGACCGAGGAGCACAGUCUGAACAAAGAGGCCAGGAAAUGGGCAACCAGAGUGGCCAGAGAGCACAAGAACAUCAUUCACUACAAGAGAUCUUUAGAGGAAUGUGAGAGUCACGGCUUGCCCCCCACCGAGCAGGGCAGACUAGACCUGGAGCUGAAGAUAGAAGACACCAAAGAGAUGAUGCGCAAAGCCGAGACAAUAAAGUUGAAAGCUGAAGCUCGCUUGGAUCUUCUGCGGCAAGUUGGGGUUGCUGUGGAUACGUGGCUGAAAAGCGCCAUGAACCAGGUGAUGGAGGAGCUGGAGAACGAACGCUGGGCCAGCUACACUUCCCAUGAUCCCUCACUGUCGGGCACAGUGGACUUGGAGCGUGAAGAGGGCGAAGAGUGUGAAGAGAAUAUGGAGGUUUUUGACGACAGCAGCUCCAGCCCCUCAGGAACCCUCCGCAACUACCCGCUAACCUGUAAAGUGCUGUACUCAUACAAGGCCUCUCAGCCAGACGAGUUAACUAUUGAUGAACAGGAGAUGUUGGAGGUCAUCGAGGACGGAGACAUGGAGGACUGGGUCAAGGCACGCAACAAGACAGGUCAAGUGGGAUAUGUCCCAGAAAAAUACCUGCAAUUCCCGACGUCCAACAGCCUGCUGAGCAUGCUCCAGUCUCUGGCCACACUGGACGCUCGCUCCCAAACCUCGUCCAACUCAACGGAGCCGGAGCUGCAUAUCGGCUGCAUCAAUGGAGACACAAACUCCGUGUAUGUCCGUGCACUUUAUGACUACGAUGGCCAAGCAGACGAGGAGCUCUCCUUUGUUGAGGGAGCCGUGAUCCGUCUGUUGAGCCGCGAUACUCAGACGGACGAUGGCUUCUGGGAGGGGGAGCUGAAUGGCCGGGUCGGGGUUUUCCCCUCUGUGCUGGUAGAAGAUCUCACAGAAAACGGGGAGGGCUGCAGAGGAGGGGCACGUGACACACAGCUCUCUCCAUCUCUGAAGUUGCCAUGUUCUCUGCCACCUCUUCCACUUUACGACCAGCCUCCCAUCAGCCCCUUCACCAGCCCAGAGACGUCUACCCCACCUCCGCUGCCACGCUCACCCUCCGCCGCACUUAACGGGGAGCAUAAGCUUCCGCUGCCUGCCUCAUCACACAAAGGACAGUUAUCGUCUCACAAUCAAAGUUCUGGCAGGAGUCCCGUGUCUCCAGGAUUUCCUCAGCCGCUGCGAUUCACUCCUGAGGGAGGCCCCGGCAAACUACGACCUGUACGAGCUGCUCCUCCUCCACCCAAACAGCAUCCCCGUCGACAGCAGGAAAAGAGCGACAAGACAGAGGAGGUGGAGAUCACGCUGGUGUGACUCGCAGACAAAACUCACAGGCAGUUAAAGGCGCACAAAAGAUGAAAACAGAUGAAAAAAAACAAAGCCUACAGACAGGAGAACUGAAGCGAGCUUAAAAAAAGAGUGAUUUGAAGUAAACUGAGUUGAACCACAUCGACGCCUUCAGCCACUCUGCAUCUUCUGUCAUCCUCAACUUGAGAAGAAGAGCAGAGAAAUGGGAUAAAGGCGGAAAUUCUCAACUAAAUAAUCUCCGUAUUAGCUUCCUAAUGAAGUGCAGCAGUAGCCGCUCCCACCUCGCUCCACACCCUAAAUUGUUCUUCCGCUCUGGCCUUAAAACUUCACCACAUUGGGCCACAAACCAGAACCAUUGAUGCAGAGGAGGAGGAAUGUUUUGGGGAACACUGAAUCAUAGGUUUGGCGAGUUUUCUUUUGUCUUGUUGAGCCAACCAGAACAAAACUAAGAACGUUCAUCUCUUCUGCUAUAUUUAAACUUUUUUUUAACCAACUUGCCAACAAGUGCUGAGAGGCAUGAGGAAGGUUUUGGAGCCUUGAACUGACAAAAUGUACAAAUUUCUCUCCAAGCUAGUUAAAAAUGCAUCUAAAGACAUUUAUACAAAGAUUUAAAAUCUCUGUACCCUUCAUAUUUUCUAACAGUUGACAGACUAAUGUGCGGUGUUGGGUCUCUGUAACCCAGUAUUGGUUCAGGUUCACGGAUGUCGUUCUGGGCAUUUCGAGCAAAAGAAAAGUAAGUUCAGGUGCAGUAUCAGUUGGAUGGAAACAGGAGCUAUGGUGCCAUCAGGAGAAGAUGUCUGACCCGGCCGCCUAAAACAAAAGACAAACAUCAGAUUAGGGAACUCAGGAUUCAGAUUCAUCACUGCCACACCUGCAUGGAGUGAGAAUCCAGUUUCUAGAUAUGUGGUUUUGCUACGGGGCAAUUUGUUCUGUGGUUCUUGAACGGAGCCAGCACAUGAACACAUGAAUCCACCUGAUUCUCUAGAGGUUGAAAUAAUGUAUUUGUCUAUCUAUUAAAUACAGAUAGCCACAGGGACGCCAUAUUUGUCUGGAUUUGGAUCUGAAUGGUGAGGCAAGUCGGAGGACCUUUAGGGCUCUCUUUAAAAGUGACUGAUGUCCUCCAACAGGCUUUAGGUUUCACAGUUAACAGGCCUAUUCAGAUAGAUAUGAAGGGAAUGACGUAAGGCUGUCAUCGUCCUCUGUUUAGAAGGAAACGGAGGAUGUGUGAGGUUAAGUGUGAUUAAAAACUGGACUUAGCAGCAGAUAACUGACUAUUAUAACUAUUAAAAUGAACUUUAAUCUUCAACUUUCCACCAUCAACCAUUUGGUAGAAAUCUUUGCUACAUUUUGUGAGUUUUAGGCUCUGUAAAGUAUAAACAGAAUGAAAUGACGUAAAAAAAAAAGAAAAGAAAAAACCAACCUUGCCGAGCGUGUUGUGUUUUGGGUGCAGUGGAGGCUCAAGUACAUGGACGGAGAAAUUGGGUGAUGUGUGUGGACACGUUUCCCCCUCCCCAGCCCUUCCCUUGCCACAUAUAGUCAUUAUCAUCAUACGUAUUUAAUGUGUAUUAGUACAGUACAUUACUGUUGUCAUAGGAAUGUUUAUGCACAGCGUUUCAUAUAGACUAACUCGGCUGAAUGGAUUACCCUGUCUGAUACGUAGUGGAGGUUUUUCCCCUUCAUGUUAUACUGAAAGGGCAUUGUAAAUAAAAGAAGGAAGGAGAAAUGAAAGAAGAAAAGGGGGAGAGGAUGGAAGAAAAAUAUGAGCCAGAGGAGGCUGGAUCCUCCCCUCUGCUUUUAUCUUCUCCUCUCUCCCCAUCCCUCCUUUAAAUCUCUUUCUAAUGUUUGUUCUGUCCCUGAGAAGUCAGUGUGGGUCAGUGACUAUGAUAUACACACUUGCAGUUGCAUAUUACAGACACAUUGUUAUAUCUUCUUUUAUUCUGUGCGCUGGGUGUUUGUAUCACUGAUUGAAGAAGGGACACUCAAAUUGUUGCUUUUCACCACAUGGUGACAAAGAAAAGUUUUAUUUGAAUUGAUGUAUACACUGACAACUAUUUGGGGCCAGAAGCACUGAAUGGAAAAUUCUAUCUCCUCUUACGUGGAAUUUUAUUAAUAUCCUUCAGUUCAGCUCUAACAUACAGUAUAUCCUUUUUUACUUGACAUGCAUCAUUUUCCUCUGAUCUCUGCUGAGCACAUCCAUCACUUUGCUGUGCACGUGUGAAAGAGAAAAGCAGUAAUUAUUUUUCCAGGUAACUAUCAUCCUUGUCAUUUCAUUGUGUCUCACAUUUCAGCUUUGACCAGUGACGGUAGAAACAUAAAACAAAAGAGGUGUGUCAAGGGAAUAUAUCAAGCUAAAUGGUUGAAACCACAAACUUACAUCCAAAUGGAACUAAUUUGUUUUUUUUUUUAUAUAUAUAUAAAUAUAUAUAUAUUUGUUUUUUAUACUCAAAGUAAUGAAAUCUCCCCAACAUGUACACUUCAAGCCUUUAAACCUCCUUGCCUGAAGGGGCAGCGUAGCACUUUUAUUUAUUUGUACCUUCCCUAGAAAGUAGCAGUACUCUCACGUUGCAUCGGCAUGCAAAGAGAAGGCUGAAAAAACACUGCAGCCACAAAGAGAGAAAUGCAGAAAGAGUUUCAUUUUUCGUCCUGGCUCUAUGGACAUUUCAGUGCAGAUACUUAAAAAGUGCUCACUAUUCGAAAGAGAUGGACAAAUGAUAGCCUGUAGUGUCAAAUGGUAUGUUCCUUAAUUUAUUAAAACAAAAAAAACUAAAAGAGAAAGAUGUUUCAUCAAGAUAUGAACAGCUGUGUGUGUGUGUGUGUGUGUGUGUGUGUGUGUGUGUGUGUGUGUGUGUGUGUGUGUGUGUGUGUGUGUGUGUGUGUGUGUGUGUGUGUGUGUGUGUGUUUUGGGGUGUUUUUGGUCUUGAGAUAGGCUUUGCUGUUUGAGAGUGUGACUGUUCAUAUUAAGAGGAGCAGUUCUGAUCCAGUCUGUUCAGCCCUCAAGAUGUGCCUCACUUCACCCUGAAUAGACCGCAAGGCAAAAUCCAGGUCUAACUGUGCGCUUAGAAGCAAAAAGUUGCUUUGACCUUGAGUGUUGGGUUCCUGGAUUUUUUUUAGGGGCUUAUCACAACUCGACUCAAAGAUGUUGUCCUCCAGUGACUCCAGAAAUGUGGUUCAAAACAAAGAAAUGAGGCAUUCGAGCUGAAUAAUUAUCUCUGUUGAAGAUAUUACCAGGUGUUGGGAUAUUACCAGUUGGGAAAACUCAAAGUUUCAAAGCAACUUUCUACACCAGAUUAUUUUGAUUAUUUUUCAAGAAAAAACACAUACUGUAGUUUUACCCACCACCUGUCAUUUGUUCAGUUCACUUAUCUUUCAUAGUUCUAGAACAUUUUAGGUUUUACAUGCUAUGCAAAUGACCAAAUUUGCUAUCUAUAAAUCCACUUUGUGUAUAUUGGAGAUGAAUAAAAGCAAAGUUUGAGUUUAAUUUGCUAUAAAAACAUAAUUUAUGU